AUGGUUGUGCUCACCGCCGACGUCGUACAUAAUCGCCUUCAGGACGUGAGUUUUGACGGAACAUAAAAAAAUGAUAAUAAUAAUGUUUAGAUUAAAAAUCCGACUCAAGAGGCGAUCGAGACAAUGUCAUUGUGGAUUAUGCACUAUAAAGACAAAGCCUCAAUCGAUUUGAUUGUGGAAGGAUGGCUGAAUUGCUUCAAAACUGGUAAUUUUUCGUUAAAAUAUCAUCUUUUGAUGUAGAACAUUUUUGACAAUCUGUUUUCAGCCGGAACCGACGGAAAACGAAUAGCUCUGUUCUACGUGAUGAACGAUGUGGUGCAAAAGGCGAAAAUGAAGCACACGGACAUGCUCAUUCCGGCUUUUCAGCCCGCCGUGCUCACCGCCGUCGGAAUUGGCAGGUUUGGUUUUUUAUCGAAAUUUUGUUUACUAAAAAUGCUCUAAAAUUGCAGAAAACAAGAAAAAGUGAAGACGGCGAUGAAGCGAUGCAUCGAAAUUUUCAAAUCGCGCAACGUCUUCUCGCCGGCCAGCAUUACGGCCAUGGAGAACCUUCUGGGUAGGCGAAAAUUCGAAUCUCGGCCAGAAAAUGCUCACAAAUGAGUUUUCAGACGCGGACGAAGCGUACGACGGUGAAGAUCAGGCGCUGGAAGUGGAUACCGACGAUCUUUUCAAAAAAAUUACGAAUUUCGUGUCGGUAGGUGAAAUUCAUCGAAUUUCGGAGAAUAAUGAUCAAUUUUCAGGCUCGAAAUGUGAUUUCGGACAUGAUGAAGUGUGUAAACGAGGGAGAUUUCGAUUACAAAGAAAAAUGUCGGAGCGGAAUGCGGGAUCGAGAGUCCGGGGCGCAUAUUUUGCAGGAAGUGCACGACGCAAUCGAUACUAUGGUUCAGGUGAGCGACAAUAAUUGUUUUCUGAGUUUUUGAGGUUCUAGAGUAUUCAUUUAUUUUUUUAGCUUUGCGUUCGAUUUAUAAAUCGUUGACUUACAUCUCAAUUUAAGGUGCGUCACUCGAUGGAAAACCAAAAAAAGAAGAUGAUGGCACUUUCGGAAACGCUGGAACUCGCGAAACGCGUAUUUUUGCACCAAAAACGAGAAGUUUUGGUUGUCGAGGAGGUUUGUUUCACGUUUUCACGAAUUAACCUAUUUUUCCUCCUAAAAUUGGCAUGUGGCUUUUUCAAUUGAUCUCGAGAAAUCGGACAUAGCGACCUCGUGCUCUUCAAUGUAGAAUUUCUGUGAAAAGUUACACGUUCACAACUUCCAGUCCCCCGUAGACUUUGAAAGUUCCGCUGAUAAAUUCAUUUUGUCCGCAGAAGACCAGAUUUUUUAAAAUUGCUUCUCUAGGCCUACGUGAAUUUUCGCGACGGAAUCAAGGCGGUGCACACGGAUUUGCUGGAAAUGGAGAAGAAGGGCGUGUAUCCGGGCAUUGUGUCGCCCGCCGGAGACGACGAUCACUUUGCCACGUCAUCGGCCGCUUCCGGAGACGAUUGUACGUCUUUUCUCGUUAAGAUGUGGAAGAGUUUGCGAUAUUUUCAUGGCAUAUAGCAUUGAAAAAGACUUUGUAUUGUACAUAGUUUCCAUGAAAUUAUGAAACGGAAAGAAUGUAACAAGAAAAGUCUUUUUAGGAUGAUCUCUAAAAACAAAUCAGGAAGGGUUCUCCUCCAAAUCCCCGUUUUUUUUUUGCAGCAUACCGCGUGCAAAACGUAACCUCGUGGGGCGACAACCGUACCCAAAUAGACAUGGAAAUGGACGAAGAGGACCGUCCGACGGCGCCGAUGAUGAAGCCCUCGCUGGCGGCACUCGUCGGAAUCGCCUCGCAACCGAGCCUCCAAUCCAGAAUUAUGCAGUUGGGACUCAAGAAAAUAGCGGACGGCGACGAGGAAAUGCUGCAGACGACGGCCCCCGCCACCACCGGAAACGACUUCACGAGACCGCCGCCGCUGUUUGCCAACAAUUCUGGAGAAUUGAACACUUUCGGAUUGAAUAUUGUACGGGGUUUAGAGUGUUUCUCAAACUUACCGUGAACGGCUAGAGAAAAACAAUAUUUGGAGGCUUGCAUAGAUAAUUUUCUAUAAAUUUUGUUGCUUUUUGGAAAAACCAUCCGUUUCAAGCCGUUCACAAAAGUUUAUAGUUAUCGACAAAAGUUUAGCAUCAUUUCGGUCUUUUUUCAGAAUCAACCUCCCAUCGCUCCAACGGAUCCACGGAAGAGAUCCGAAAAUGAGGUAUUUCACCGUUUUUUAAAAAGAUGUUUGUUAAUUUCAAUUUCGAUCUUCCAGGGAAUCUCGCAAUACUCUCAGAUUGUGCAGCAGCACGGAAUGAGUGCCCCGCCCGCACCGCCUCCCGCACAAAUCAACGGUAAGGGAGCGUUUUGCAAAAGUGCUGAGCUGUUCUAGAUUGAGAAAAAAUGGUUUUCCUUCUAGCUGUCGGAUAACUUUCUUUUUAAUGGUUUAUGUUUGCAGUAGCUCCGACAGCUCCACAAUCGGUUUAUCAGGGGCAUUUCGAGACUCGCGAUCCCAGAUGUAGGUUAUAAAAUUCUCAAAAAUCAGAAAAAUUAGGUCUAAAAGUUAUUAGUAGUUCCGAUCGGACCCAAACUUUGCAGUCUUUUAUGCUGGGUCCAAAUUUCAUCCCAAUCGGAUCAUUUAGAGCUUGAGGGCCGAUUUUGAGGGCUAAAACUUGGUCCCAGUAUACUUCAAUCCAAGUCCAAGAAGCCUGAAAAGUCUGGGUCCGAUCGGAAUAUUCCAAGUGGGUCAAAAGUACAGGACAAGGGCCGGCCCUGCAUUUUCAUCUUUUAUUCAAAAAUUGUCUAGAAUAGUGAGCACCACGGCUUCCUCAACAAAUUUGAAUUGUUUGCAGUGCUGACCCACCAACAACACUCCACUUCGGUGUAUCGUGCCCAAUUCGAAACAACACGCGAUCCACGGCUCGUCCACCAACAACCGCCUCCGCCGCCCGUACCGCUCAAUGCCUAUCAGGCCACUUUUGACGGUGCGAUUUUUGGUGCUUUUUGCGUAACUUUGCCACAAAAGUGAUGUUUCUUCCGAUUCUUCUCUAGAGUUCUUCACAUUCAUUUGUUUGUUGCUCGAAAUGACGUCGAAAUUUUGCAGUAAAACCGCCGCUCGUAUCGCCCCAACCACAGCCACCGACUGGAGGAUAUCAGGCCAGAUUUGAGCAGAAAAGUACGGUUUUGAUUGCAAUUUUGAGAGGAAAUUGAAUCAUUUUUCAUUGCAGUGAUGCCUCCGGUCGCUCCGCCGCCGCAAAUCAAUCAAUAUCAUCAACAACAGGGAGCGGGCGUCUAUCGGCCACCGCAGCAGAAUUACAACGAGUAUCAUGGCGGAGGUAUUGUUUUCAUUACUAUUGUCGUUAUAUAUAUAUAUAUAUAUAUAUAUAUAUAUAUAUAACGCACGUUUGUUUCUAUUUAUAUUGUUGAGUUCUUGGUAGCUAAUUAGAAGAGAGUCGCUGAAACUGUAUUUCUCAAAAAAUGAACUUUUUGCAGACCGAAAAGACGUGGACCACCGAUACGAGCGAACCAGCGGUGGAUACCAUCAGCCGCAAAGAGGAUACCAGAAUGACCGUACUCCCUACAGUAAUCCACGUACUCCCGGCGGAACCGACCGGUGGAGAAAUGGCGGCGGAUACAAUGAUAGGUACGGAGUAAAAAUGUGCAUCGACGUUGUUCCGUAUCAACCACAAAAGCGCAGAGUUUUCUCGAUUUUUUCAGCAACAAAUUGUUGUUCGUCGAUGAAACUUUAUUGUUUUUUUUCCAAUUGUCCGAAACAAAUCAUGUUUUCUCCAGAUUCGCACGCUCGAUAUAUAUUCUAAGGGUCCUUUACGCCCGGUCACUGGAAAUGAACCAAAUUUCUACAGUUUCAUUUCAUUUCAUUUAUUCGCCCAGGUUCAGAGAUAGAGGUGUUUACGUUGGUCCACUUUCAUGACUCUCCUCUUCAUUUCGUCGUCGCACACCUUUGUACUCUUGUCGAGUCUAUUCAGUUUAUAUCCGUGACCAUCUCCGUUUCUACUGGAAUCUGUUUUUGAAUUGAAGCAUAUCCAGUGACCGAUGAAAGGGACCCUUUGGUAGAAUAAGUAGUGUGCCCGGACGGAAAACCUUGUGAAUCGGGAGAGAAAAUGAUUUGAUUUCGGAAAUUUUCCAAAAGAGCCGACACGACUUUGAAAUUCUCGCACGCGUCAAUUGCUUCGCAUUUACCAUUUUCCUGAAAAAAAUUGAUUGUUUUUUGCAGAAACAGCCGUGGAGGACGCGAUAACUGGAGAGGCGGACGAGGCGGAUAUAAUCGAUAUUAA